AGCGUUUUUUACAUAUUAAUUUUAAUAUGGAAAUGAAUAUCGGAUUAAUAUUUUUUACUGUUUUAUCCGUCUCGUCUGCCGAAAAUGAGUUUUCGUUAAAUAUUUUACACUAUAAUGACUUUCACGCGAGGUUUGUUGAAACAAAUCCAGCAGGUGGCGUAUGUAAUCCGUCAGUUGCACCGUGUACCGGCGGCUUUGCUCGCUUGGCGACUGCUGUGAGAGAGGCUUUGGGACGUGAACCUGAUUCACUGCUACUAAAUGGCGGUGACAGCUUCCAGGGUACGAUUUGGUAUAACUUACUAAGAUGGAAUGUCACCCAAGACUUCAUGAAUAUGCUACCGCAUGAUGCUCAUGUUCUAGGGAAUCAUGAAUUUGACAAUGGAAUCGAUGGAGUUGUACCUUAUUUGGAGCAUUUGGAUUCAAAAGUUGUAACAGCAAAUAUAAUCGAUGACUUGGAGCCAACUAUACAAGGUUUAUAUUACCCUAGCAUUGUUGUUGAAAGAAAUGGAAGAAAAAUUGGAAUUAUUGGAGUAAUUAUUUCGUCAACUAACGAGCUAGCAUCAACAGGACGUUUGAAAUUUACGGAUGAAGUGGAAGCUGUUAAAAGGGAAGCAGAGAAAUUACAUGAAAAUGGAACUGAUGUAAUCAUAGUAUUGUCUCACUGCGGAAUUGAUAUUGACAGGGAAAUAGCUCAAAAUGGAGGCCCAUACAUAGACAUUGUUGUAGGAGGACAUAGUCACACUUUGCUGUACAACGGUGAUCCACCAGAAAACUCAACAUUUCGACCCCAAGGACCGUACCCCGUCGUAGUUCGACAAGGAUUAAAACCAGUAUUGAUUGUUCAAGCAGCAGCACAUGCUCAAUACUUAGGAGAAAUAAAACUACACUUUGAUGAUCAGGGGAAUCUCGUUAAUUGGGAAGGUCAACCUUCUUACCUCGGAAAUGAAGUUAUACAAGCUCCUGAUGUACUGGCGAAAAUAAAUCAGUAUCUUCCUGAGAUCAGGGAGAUGGCUACGCGGAAAAUUGGAUCUUCCUUAGUUCAUUUGUCAUCGAGAUGCGCUUGCUCCGAAUGCAACUUGGGAAGCUUUGUUUGCGACGCAUAUAUGGAUGCAAUGAUACCAAGAGCAAAAGGCGACAAAUGGAUCGAUGCACAUUUUUGCGUCGUAAAUAGGGGAGAUAUACGAGUGGAUAUGGAGCCAGGAGUGAUAACAUUCGAGACAGUUCUAUUAUCGACGCCAUUUGAAAACAACAUAGAGGUAUUCGAACUACGCGGAGACCAUAUUUUAGAGAUGUUGGAAUACUCGGUCGCUAACGUACCUUUCCCGGGCGCGAGAAUGUUACAAAUAUCUGGUAUGCGUCCAAUCUUUAACGGAUCUCAUCCAGUCAAUCAAAGAGUAAAAAGUGUAUCUAUUCGAUGUAUUGAUUGUCCAGUACCGAGAUACGAGCCUCUAGAACUAAAUAAGUACUAUAGAAUGAUUGCUCCAAGCUUUAUUGCUAACGGCGGGGAUGGAUUCCAUAUGAUUGCGGAAAACAGAAGAAACGUAGAAGUAGUCGGAGUGGAUUAUGACUUAUUAAUUCGCUAUAUAGAGAAGCUAAGUCCUGUCUUCAUUGAUGUCGAUGGCCGAAUACAAAUACAGGAUCCUUGUUUGGAUUAAAUUAUA